GGCCACUGCGCUGCUGAGCGGGUGUUUUGGGGUCCAACACGCCGGCUUUUUGCACUAUUAACCUCCGUACUCUGAAUGCCACUAUAAUUCCACCUUCCCCAUGCUCGCUUAUCGUCGUCCUGACUCGGGAAUAUCAGAGUCAUUUCUGCUUUAUCGCGCUUUUAUCGCGUUCUUGACAUUAAAUACAACUACAAUGCCUCGUCUGACGUUAAAUCCCUCCGAUCCGGACGACAUCGAGGUCAAGGGAAUAGUUUUCGACAUGGACGGCACGCUCUGUCUCCCGCAGACCUGGAUGUUCGCAGAGAUGCGAAGAGUUCUUGGAAUUGACAAGAAAACCGACAUCCUCGACCAUAUAUACUCGCUCGACGUCGCCGAGCAGGAAGUCGCUCAUGAAAAAGUGCGGCAGGUCGAGCGCACUGCGAUGGUUCAAAUCGAACCUCAACCGGGACUCAAUGAGCUCAUGGACUUCCUAGAAGAAAAAAAGAUUCUCAAGUCGAUCUGUACGCGCAACUUCCCUACACCAGUCCAGCAUCUGCUUUCAACAUUCCUGUCUUCAAAAGUCUUUCAUCCUAUAGUCACUCGCGACUUUAAACCUCCCAAGCCGUCGCCGGCUGGGAUUCUCCAUAUCGCAAAGCAUUGGAACAUCGACCCCAAGCAUCUCAUCAUGGUCGGUGACUCCGUCGACGACAUGCUGGCCGGUUAUCGCGCCGGUACUACGACUAUCCUUCUAGAGUCUGACGUGAACGGGCAUCUCAAGGGGGCUCCGGAGACGGACUACGUCGUGCAGCGGUUAGAUGAUAUUAUAAAGCUGCUCGAGAACGGGAUCGAGAUCCAGGAUCGCAAGCCACAGGUUGAUGAGGAGACUGUUAAGGCGCUGGAUUGAAUCGGGCUUUAGACCUUUUGUAGAUAUUGAUAGAGUAAAUGUAUUUAUUUCAAUUAUCUAUGAUUGCUCAAAAGAACUCUAGAGUCACGAGACACAGGUUGAUGAGGAGACUGUU